GGAAAUUUGUUGUGGCGGUGAGGAAGAGGAAGCCCCGAAGGGUCAAAAGGAAUACAAAAGCAAAGUCUGCUCGCUUGCUUUAAACCGUUGUUCUUUCUGUCUUUCUGACCUAUUUUUUUAAGAGCGAGCGGCCUUGGCGGCGGCGGUUUGGGUUAGACGCCGCGGAGGUGAGGGAGGCUCUCCUCCCGCGCUCUGGGAGGUCUGUCACCUCCCUGCUGUACAGACUGGACUUGACUAAGACUCCUUGAGUCCCUGAGAUUCUCCAUUAGAAUCUGCUUUGGAGAUUUUUCCCCCUGCAGACUGUUCCAUUAUGGAUGGAGGAGAUGAUGGUAACCUUGUCAUCAAAAAGAGGUUUGUGUCCGAGGCAGAGCUAGAUGAGCGGCGUAAAAGGAGGCAAGAAGAGUGGGAAAAGGUUCGAAAACCAGAAGAUCCACAAGAAUGUCCAGAGGAGGCUUAUGACCCCCGGUCUCUGUACGAACGGCUCCAGGAGCAGAAAGACAGGAAGCAGCAGGAGUAUGAGGAACAGUUCAAAUUCAAAAAUAUGGUAAGAGGUUUAGAUGAAGAUGAGACCAACUUCCUUGAUGAGGUUUCUCGUCAGCAGGAACUGAUAGAAAAGCAGCGACGAGAAGAAGAACUGGAGGAGCUGAAGGAGUACAGAAGUAAUCUCAACAAGGUUGGAAUUUCUGCAGAAAAUAAAGAAGUAGAGAAGAAGCUGGCUGUGAAACCCAUAGAAACCAAGAGCAAGUUCUCCCAGGCGAAGCUGUUGGCAGGAGCUGUGAAGCAUAAGAGCUCAGAGAGUGGCAGCAGUGUGAAAAGACUGAAACCAGACCCCGGCCCAGACGACAAGGCUCAAGAGGCUCCGUCCUGCGUGUCUCUUGGAAGCUCUUCUCUGAGUGGCCCCUCCAUCCACUGCCCAUCUGCUGCUGUCUGCAUCGGCAUCCUCCCGGGCCUGGGUGCCUACUCCGGGAGCAGUGACUCCGAGUCCAGUUCAGACAGCGAAGGUACCAUCAACGCUACAGGGAAGAUCGUCUCCUCCAUCUUUCGAACCAACACCUUCCUCGAAGCACCCUAGCUCCUGACAUCACCAUAGGGAGCGUCUCCCCAGAGGGUUAAACGCCUGUUCUGACUCAACAUCACCUCCCUCAGAAAACUUCACCUGCUUCCUGUGCACAUGUGACAUUCUAACCUAACCUAGAAUUGUGCCAUAGUCCACUUGUGGCUCAAACUCUGCUUGGUUUCUCUUUAUGCUCCAGUGCAGAUGACCAAACCUGUCCCAGCGAUAGGUCUCAGAAAUGCCACUGGUGGUGCAAGGGUUCACCGUACCUUGUUGCUUUCUUGUUUUUCUCCUUUCCUGGUAGCACAGGAAGCAUUAUCUUGAUACACUAUUGUAGGUGAAGGGGCUGCUUGGUUCUGCCAUGUUGUGUGUGGCAUAGAGAAGGGCAGACUAGCUGCUGACCUGAGUUCUGCCCUAGGUCUGACCCUUCCUGGAUGUUGUGUGACUAAAGAUUGCAAACCACACCCACAAGGCUAUGAGCCAACCACAGCCCUUGAGGUGAUGUUCUUCCAUGUUGUUAUUCUCCCCUCUCCAGCCUGCGGAGAUAGGAAGAAGCUGGUAAGGAUGACAUGUCCAUCUUCUGCCCACCUUUUCUCCCUGGAAAACUGUUUUGAUUUUGUUUUUGAAAUAAAGAAUUUAGUUUAGGAUUCUAAACAUUAGAGAAGCAAAUUUACUGAAUCAUAGCCAGAAACUAUAACUGCUCAUAGCUGUGUUAAAGAGAUGACUAAUGCCUCGCUGUUUCUGGAAUCCUCGGGCUGCAAACUAGUAGGACAUGCCUGUUACGGCUGUCCUCUACUCCACCGAGGCCCUGCUGUUUGCACAUACAGCACUGCAGCUUUUGACGGUGAAGGUAUUUCCAGCCUGAGAUGCUGCCUCAGUGCUUUUCCUUUAUCCACGCCCCCCCCCACCUCUGCCCCACACUGUCCCCGGGCUUCCCCAAUAACAGCUCCUGGACCAUGAGCCGCAGGUCUUGUCUGUUUCUGUCUCAUGGUGGAGGGAGAGAGCAGGUGUACAGGACUCAGGUUGGAAGACAGAUACAUCUGACGGUCUGUGCGCCUGCUCCAGAAUGAGCCUGAGUUCUCAGUCCCUGCUUCCAGUAUCCAUUGUUUCUUCCUUCCUAUGGGUGUGAGACGAGUGGGACACACCGAAUGUGUUGGCACUGACAUACUGGCAGGCAGAGGAAGCUCCUCAGUUUUAACGUGGGCAGAGGGCCCUGGAUCUCAUCCAGCCCUUCCUUUCCCCUUUCAGUGUAUUGACACUGGUGCCCACCAGCAGAUGGUGGUUUUCCUUCACCCAUCGUGGAUGCCUGUGAUUGCUGCCACCCUUUGCAGAGCCUCCCAGUGCUAAUAAUCUUUUCUGUCAGUGCGGGAGCGUCAGCUCCAUCCUGAGAAGACAUCUAGGUAAAACUGCAAGCACCUUC